GUCCAAUCAAACGAAAUGAAGCUGAGCGUAUUUGUGUUUUUACUGCAUGUGAUAAAUGUAGUUUUUUCGCAUGAAAUUGCCACCGAAGAUGAAGUCCUGAUUUUGAAUAAAGAAAACUUCAAGUCUGCAGUUUCUGACAAUGAGUUCUUCUUAGUAGAAUUUUAUGCUCCAUGGUGUGGACACUGCAAGGCCUUGACUCCGGAAUAUGCAAAGGCAGCCAAGCAGUUAUCAGAACAAAGCUCGCCUAUCAAGCUUGCAAAAGUUGAUGCAACUGAAGAACAACACCUUGCCGAGGAGUUUGGAAUUAGAGGUUACCCUACUCUGAAGUUCUUCAGAGAAGGAAGGCCUUCUGAAUAUUCUGGAGGAAGACAAGUCGAUGACAUUGUCAGUUGGCUGUUGGAGAAAACUGGCCCACCUGCCAAGGAACUUUCAUCCGUUGAUGAAGAAGCUAAAGAAUUCAUCGAAGCUAAUAAGGAUGCUGUGAUCGGUUUCUUCAAGGAUCAAUCCACCGAGGAAGCCAAAGCUUUCUUGGGGGGUAAUGCUGCUAUAGAUGACAUUCCUUUUGGUAUUUCUGCUGAUGAUGGCGUUUCCAGUGAGUAUAAAGCAGCUUCCGACUCGAUCGUCUUAUUCAAGAAGUUUGACGAAGGCAAAGUCGUCUAUGAAGGAAAACCUGUGGAAGCUGACAUCAAGAAAUUCGUUCAGUCGAACUCGCUUCCUCUUCUUGUCGAAUUCAAUCACGAUACUACACAGAAAAUCUUUGGCGGUGAAAUAAAAAGCCAUUUGCUUCUCUACCUUAGCAAAGCCGACGAAUCCUUCGAGACCGCUAGGUCAGUAGCCAAACCAUUCGAAGAACAAGUAUUGUUCGUCACUAUCGACGCUGACGAAGAAGACCAUCAAAGAAUCCUCGAGUUCUUUGGAAUGCAGAAGAAGGAAGUGCCAGCUGCCAGACUCAUCAAGUUAGAGGAAGACAUAGCCAAAUACAAACCUGACAGUGAUGAUCUGAGUGCGUAAACCAUUCAGAAAUUCGUUCAGGACUUUUUGGACGGAAAACUGAAGCAGCACCUACUCAGUCAGGAUCUUCCCGAAGACUGGGAUGAGGAACCCGUUAAGGUUCUGGUUGCCAGCAACUUUGAAGAAGUGGCACUCGACACUGAAAAAGACGUUUUGUUAGAGUUCUACGCUCCCUGGUGCGGACAUUGCAAACAGUUGGCUCCAAUUUACGACAAAGUUGAAGAAUAUUUCAAAGACAAGACUAACAUCAUUGUAGCCAAGAUGGAUGCUUUCGUCAAUGAACUCGAGUUCACUAAAGUCACGAGCAUCCCCACGCUAAAAAUGUACAAAAAGGAAGAUAAUCAAGUUGUUGAAUAUAAUGGUCCCAGGACCUUUGGAGGGCUUACCAAAUUUUUGGAAUCUGGAGGAGAAGACGGCGCUGGUCCCGAUCUAGAAGAGGAAGUCGCAGAGGACGAUGAUUCCGCAAAGAAAGACGAGUUGUAGAGAUGAAGAGUAAUUUCUUAGAAGUUGAAAUUUAAGAUUGGCGUUAUAUCUUUGGAGUAAGGCAUCUGCAAGAUGAUUUUUUCAGAAAGAGGUUUUAUUUCAAAUGAGAGGACUCCAAUCUAAUCCGA